AAAAUUCUUGGACAAAGAUCUGUUGUUUGUACAAUAUCUAACUUUCUUUUACAUGUCGAGUACCUAUAUUGCACAAAAAUAUGGGUUCACAACGGCGGGUAAGCUUUCUGGGGAUGGAGUCGCUUCAUCAGCUUGCCGAGCUCAGACCAAGAAAAGGAGGAUGGAGAUGUGGGGGUUGCACUUCCUGCUUCUUUUGCAGAUAUGAGUCAUACAAGCAAAAAAAAUCAUCUUGCAGCACUGCAGAAAAAGCAUAAUACUGUAGUCAUGGGUGGUGUUUAAUUAUUUUCUUCCCUUCAUUCUAUCUGCCUUAAGCGAAAGUCUCAAACAAGGUGGAGAGCCUGGAAUCGCUAAAUUAAGUUUUAAUUAGCCCUGUGACGCAUAGAGCCGUCAUGAUUUAAGUCUUCAGGGAUUUGGGUUCAGGAAAGAAAGGCUUCAGGAUUCUAUGCAUUGCGCCCACACGAACUCUUUUUUAAAAAGCUGAUGUUUAAAAAUAUUUAAUUAAAAUAAUGUACUUGUGAAAAAGUGAACGAGCAAACCGGUGAAGACUAGUCAAUUAUAUGUUACAACGCUACCUUGUGGGGAUUAAGUUGAAUAUUCUUGCUUUUUCAUCAGUCAUAAAUGUAGCUGACCGCUGAAUAAAAGUGAUUAUAAAGGAAGUGGACAUACAAGAUCGGCGACCUUUAGUUUAAUGGUUAAUAUGUAACCUACUAUUGAAUUGUACACAGGGCAACUAGACAUUUUUCAGCUGGAUAAUAAUGUGUUUUUCAAAAUAAUAUCGAAUGUAAUCAAAUUACGAGUCAUCACAAUUCUUAAAUGGUGAGCCGUUUGUAAGGAUAAGUCAAACCUUUCUUUUGUUUUAAAAUAGUUGGAGUUUCCACUACGCAGUCACUGGUGAAUUUAGAUCAAAAACAUGUGGGGUAUCCCCGAGCUCCGAGCAAAAAACGGUAGAACUCGGGCACUUAGUGACGUCAAUACCCUUAUGAAGAGAGUCGAGUUACCCUCAAUGGACAUAUAUGGAGUUCCGCGGAUGCGUGUUCUCUCCUUAUUUGGAGAGGGGCGGGCGUAUCCGGACAAAAGCUCUUAAAAGGAGAGAAUUAUACUCUGCUAUGCUUUAGAUCCUCAAGGAAACAAAAGAACCUAUACGAAUAGCAUGAGAUUUUUUAAAUAAUCAGAGGCGUCAUUUGAAGCUCUUCCAAUUUAAGAUUUUAUUUUGAAAAGUGACAAUAUACUAUUUCUAAAAGUAACAGAAUUUCAAAGCUUUAAAAUAGCAGUAUUUAUAUCGUGUCUUUUUGAAACUAGAAGUAUUGAUUUUCUUAGCACUUUCGUCUUUUUGAAUCACAGUUAAAGAUUUACGCAGGGAUGGGAGUUUUGGACGUAAUAGAAGUUGACAGCUCUGAGCUGGUCCAGCUCAUUAAAGGCGAACCGAACUGUUUGGUUCUGGACUGCAGACCCUUCCUUUCUUUCUCUCGGGUCCAUAUUACGGAAUCCCGAAAUGUAACCUGGAAUUCAGUGAUGCGUCGACGCUCCAAAAGCUCAGCGGUCAGUUUGGAGUGGCUAGUGACUGACAAAACGCUUCUCACGCGGCUGCGGGACGGAGAACUGUCCCCUGUGGUGGUGCUGGAUGAAGACACCCGCUCCGCCUCAGACCUCAAAGCCGACAGCCUCGUCGGGAUGCUGCUAAACGCUUUGGCCAAUGAAGUCCAACAAGGGACAACGCAAAUCUGCUUUCUGAAAGGUGGAUUCGAAAGAUUCUCAGCUGUCUGCCCUGAGCUCUGUUCGCAGUUCGCAGGUCUCAACUUCCCCGGCGCCGCAGUACGAGACUCGGACUCAGUCCUCACAGGAAGAACGACUCCGCUCUAUGAUCAGGGUGGUCCAGUAGAAAUCUUGCCUUUUCUUUUUCUGGGCAGUGCCCACCAUUCUUCUCACCGGGAGGCACUGAGGUCCCUUCGGAUCACUGCGGUAUUGAAUGUAUCUUCCUCCUGUCCAAAUCUGUUUGAGAAUGAGCUCCAGUACAAAUGUAUUCCAGUAGAGGACAGUCAAGCGGCGGACAUCAGUUCAUGGUUUGCAGAGGCCAUUGAAUUUAUUGAUUCUGUGAAGAACAAUGGUGGUCGUGUGCUGGUCCAUUGCCAGGCUGGCAUUUCCCGAUCCGCCACCAUCUGUUUGGCUUAUCUGAUUCAGUCAUGGAGGGUCCGCCUGGAUGAGGCCUUUGACUUUGUGAAGCAGCGUCGUGGGGUCAUCUCCCCAAAUCUUGGUUUCAUGGGUCAGCUGUUGCAGUUUGAGACGGACGUGCUUUGUCACUGAUAUUUUAACUUCGUUAACAAGAAGAAGAACAAUUCACUGCCCUCCAAAGCCUUUAGAAAAUAUCUCUUCAGCCAUCAUGGAAAUGAAGACUUUGCAUUUUCAGACUCUUGCAGGUUUCUUGCUGGAUCAAGAAAUGAUAAAGCCGGAUCAGUGCACAGACUACUGGAAACUUGACUUAAUGGUAAACUGGAAAAACACACCUCUGCCUGCACACGUGCAUUGUAACCCACUUCCGGCGGAUACGAAGCUUCACUUGUGCUGAGGAGUUUUGUUUUUUUUUGUCACAUUACAGCAGCAUAAUAAUGAACAAUGCACUAUUUAAAAAAUAUGUUAUGAAACUGUUUACUGAUAGGAAUAUUUAUUAAAGCAAUAUACUGAAGAAAAAAAGGAUAAAAUACCAAGUUAUGUUGUAUGAGCUCAGGAAAGGAGACGUGAAGAUGCAUUUCAGGGAUGGACUGCACUUUGUUUUGAGUUUACAUGUGCGACUUUGCACAUAUGUUUGUCCCACAAAGAUGAAUACGUGGCCUGCAGAUAUCCAAGUGCGGUGUGAUUUUCACAGACUUUAUAUAAAAAGCUGACAAGCAUGUCCUACCGCCCUUGAUGGGUGCUGCUACGUUUGACUCUCUCCCAUUACUUACUGUAACUCUGGAGACCAUACUGUCUAAAAUUAUCCACUUUAAGAUAAAGCAAUACCCAACUGAACAGUCUGAGAAACAUCUCCAAGAACAUGCAAUAAAGCCGAGCACUUUUAAACUCAGUGAUACCCUAUAGCCAUACGAUUAUCUUAUCGACAUUUCAACAAGAAACAUGUAAUACGUAUGUAUGAGAGGACAGAAAUUGGUUUAUUAUCUGUUCACAUUUUUCAUCUAAGAUAUUUACUGACAUUUCUGAAAUGUCUAAUCAAUAAUUGGUACAAUGAUGGCAAGUGGGAUUAGUUUUUACUUCAUCACAGUUUAAUGAAUGCUACUAGUUGGCAUUUUUUCUCAGUGAUGACAUUCUCAUUAAUAAGCAUGCUACAGAAUUGAUGUUAACUGCAACAUUCUGCGCUUCUAGAUUAAUUUUAAAUAGAGCAAGCCAUGCUGAAACCUACAGAAUGUUUUAUCAGAUGACAGUAAUGCAGCCCAAUAUUGAUCCCUCUGCCAUCUUGCCUGUCAUGUUAUAUGCAUUUGGACAUUCAUCUUCACUCUUCUCUGUAUGUCUACAUUGAAUUUUUGUUAUUGCCUAUUCAUUUUUUACUAUUAUUUUUUUGAUAUUGCACUUUAUAUUUAUAAAUAAAACUGUUCAUGCUAUGUGAUUUUUUUAAAAAUAAAAUUAAAAACUAAUUUAAACA